GUUGGGUUCUUGCAGGAUUUCCUUCCAGCCUUUCCCCACUAAGGUUCUUGGGAAUUAAAAAAAAAAAAAAAUCUAAACACACAAACCAAGUUUUCCUAUUUACAGUGUUCAGGGAAGGUAGGCAUUUCGGGAAAGGCAGAUCCUUUCCCCAAGUUAGCCAAGAAGGAAGAAAAAGCAGCGUAAAGAAGCUCUGAUUACAGAUCUUUGGAAUUUUCUUUGCUAAAUUUUACAAACGAGAAAUACACCCAGAAUUUUGGGAGUUGCUCCAGGCUGCGCGUGAGGGUUUGAUUGCUUGUCUAAUCUUUUUUUUUUUUUUGAGAAGAGGAGAAUUCGCCAAAAGGGGUUUGGAUGGCAGGAGCCCGGCUCCGUUUCUGCAGCAGCUCUCGUCCUGAGUCUGUUCUCUGAGGGAGGGUCUCUGCAGCCGGCUUGGAGACCCCCUGCCGCAGGCUCCUUUUGCAGGCGCUUGGCUGGGGUGGGGGAAAAUGCCCCGCUCUGGCAGGAGUACGCUGGUUGCUGCUGGGACUUCCUAGCCCGGUGGGAAGUGUGUUCGUGGUGUGGGGAUACUUUUCAUUGAACUGAAGGCGAAAAGACUGGACUCUCCUGGGCUUUUUCCCUUCGCAGUGAAUAUGGGGAAGAACUAGGGGGUGGGAGGGAGGCAGCAUGACUUGCAGUCGCGGCUGCCCUGCAUCUGCCCCCAGCCCCCAGCCAGCAUCUUGAUGUUCCACGUAUCGGCUGUACAAAUAUGAUGAAAUGGCAGCCCCGGAAGAAGGCAUACUUCCGACAGGGUGUUGCCCUCCAGUACCUCGGACGUCAUGCCGAUGCCCUGGCAGCCUUUGCAUCUGGACUGGCUCAGGACCCCAAGAGUCUCCAGCUUCUGGUGGGGAUGGUAGAAGCGGCCAUGAAAUCUCCCAUGAGAGACUCCCUCGAGCCCACUUAUCAGCAGCUUCAGAAAAUGAAACUGGACAAGAGCCCCUUUGUGGUCGUAUCUGUGGUUGGGCAGGAACUCCUGACAGCUGGCCAUCAUGGCGCCUCUGUGGUUGUCUUAGAAGCUGCUCUCAAGAUUGGCACCUGCAGCCUCAAACUGAGAGGUUCGGUUUUCUCCGCCCUGAGCAGUGCUUACUGGUCUCUUGGAAACACAGAGAAGAGUACUGGAUACAUGCAGCAGGACUUGGAUGUAGCCAAGACCUUAGGUGACCAGACAGGAGAAUGCCGAGCUCAUGGGAAUCUGGGCUCUGCAUUCUUCUCCAAAGGAAAUUAUCGGGAGGCUCUCACUAACCACAGGCACCAGUUGGUGCUCGCCAUGAAACUCAAGGAUCGAGAGGUUUUCCUCCUUGACCCCAGAUAUUCAACAACCCUUGGAACAGGUCAAUUUGCUCCACUUUGUUUUUCAUUCUUAUGUUUUUACCAUUGUGCAGCUUCAUCAGCCCUGAGCAGUCUGGGCCACGUGUACACAGCCAUUGGUGACUACCCCAAUGCACUGGCCAGUCACAAGCAGUGUGUUCUUCUUGCCAAGCAAUCCAAAGAUGAGCUUUCGGAGGCCCGAGAACUUGGCAACAUGGGAGCUGUGUAUAUUGCCAUGGGUGACUUUGAGAACGCUGUGCAGUGCCAUGAGCAGCAUCUGAAGAUAGCCAAGGACCUGGGGAACAAGCGAGAAGAGGCCCGGGCCUACAGCAACCUGGGCAGUGCCUAUCACUACAGGAGAAACUUUGACAAGGCCAUGUCUUAUCACAACUAUGUGCUGGAGCUGGCACAGGAGUUGAUGGAGAAGGCCAUUGAGAUGCGGGCCUAUGCCGGCCUGGGCCAUGCUGCCAGGUGCAUGCAGGAUUUGGAGAGAGCUAAACAGUACCAUGAGCAGCAGCUGGGCAUUGCUGAAGAUCUCAAGGACCGGGCUGCAGAGGGGCGAGCGUCCUCCAAUCUGGGAAUCAUACACCAGAUGAAAGGCGAUUAUGAUACUGCACUGAAACUCCACAAGACCCACCUGUGCAUCGCCCAGGAGCUGAGUGACUACGCUGCCCAGGGCCGUGCCUAUGGGAACAUGGGUAAUGCCUACAGUGCUCUGGGCAUGUACGACCAGGCUGUCAAGUACCACCGGCAGGAGCUGCAGAUCUCCAUGGAAGUGAAUGACCGUGCCUCCCAGGCAUCCACACACGGGAACCUGGCUGUGGCUUACCAGGCCCUGGGUGCCCAUGACCGGGCCCUGCAACAUUAUCAGAACCACCUGAACAUUGCUCGGGAGCUUCGUGACAUCCAGAGCGAGGCCCGGGCCCUCAGCAACCUGGGCAACUUCCACUGCUCUCGGGGGGAGUAUGUCCAGGCCGCCCCCUAUUAUGAACAGUACCUGCGUCUCACUCCUGACCUUCAAGACAUGGAAGGAGAAGGGAAGGUCUGCCACAAUCUCGGCUAUGCCCAUUACUGCCUUGGAAAUUACCAGGAGGCGGUAAAGUACUAUGAGCAGGAUCUGGCGCUGGCCAAAGACCUUCACGACAAAUUGAGCCAGGCGAAAGCUUACUGCAACUUGGGCCUAGCCUUCAAGGCUCUGCUGAACUUCAGCAAAGCUGAAGAGUGUCAAAAGUACCUACUGUCCCUCGCCCAGUCCCUGAAUAAUUCCCAGGCUAAAUUUCGAGCCCUAGGGAACCUGGGUGAUAUAUUCAUCUGUAAAAAGGAUAUAAACGGUGCAAUAAAAUUCUAUGAGCAGCAGCUGGGCUUAGCUCACCAUGUAAAGGACAGAAGACUGGAAGCCAGUGCGUAUGCAGCACUGGGCACGGCAUACCGCAUGAUCCAGAAAUACGACAAGGCCUUGGGUUAUCACACGCAGGAACUAGAGGUCUAUCAGGAGCUGAGCGAUUUGCCGGGGGAGUGCAGAGCUCACGGGCACCUGGCUGCUGUCUACAUGGCCCUGGGGAAAUACACAAUGGCGUUCAAGUGUUACGAAGAGCAGCUGGAUCUAGGGCAGAAGCUGAAGGACCCCAGUCUGGAAGCCCAGGUCUAUGGCAACAUGGGCAUCACAAAGAUGAACAUGAAUGUGAUGGAAGAAGCCAUCGGCUACUUCGAGCAGCAGCUGGCCAUGCUGCAGCAGCUAAGUGGAAAUGAGUCUGUGCUCGACAGGGGCCGGGCGUAUGGCAACCUGGGAGAUUGCUACGAGGCCCUGGGUGACUAUGAGGAAGCUAUCAAGUACUACGAGCAGUAUCUGUCUGUUGCCCAGAGUCUUAAUCGCAUGCAAGACCAAGCCAAGGCUUACCGGGGGCUAGGAAAUGGACACAGGGCAAUGGGGAGCUUGCAGCAGGCCCUCGUGUGCUUUGAAAAGAGGCUCGUGGUCGCCCAUGAGCUCGGGGAGGCCUUUAAUAAAGCCCAGGCCUAUGGAGAGCUAGGAAGUCUGCACAGCCAAUUAGGGAAUUACGAACAAGCCAUUUCCUGCCUGGAACGCCAACUGAACAUUGCUAGAGAGAUGAAAGAUCGAGCGCUGGAAAGUGAUGCGGCCUGUGGCCUCGGUGGCGUUUACCAGCAGAUGGGGGAGUAUGAUACAGCCCUGCAGUACCACCAGCUUGACUUGCAGAUAGCAGAGGAAACCAAUAACCCCACGUGCCAGGGGCGAGCCUACGGGAACCUGGGCCUGACAUACGAAUCCCUGGGCACCUUCGAGAGGGCUGUGGUCUAUCAAGAACAGCACUUGAGCAUCGCGGCACAGAUGAACGACCUGGUGGCCAAGACGGUGUCAUAUAGCAGCCUUGGAAGGACCCAUCAUGCCUUGCAGAACUAUUCCCAGGCAGUAAUGUACUUACAGGAAGGUUUAAGGUUAGCCGAGCAACUGGGCCGAAGAGAAGAUGAAGCCAAAAUUCGCCACGGUCUUGGUCUGUCCCUUUGGGCUAGUGGGAAUCUGGAGGAAGCCCAACACCAGCUCUACAGGGCAUCGGCCUUGUUUGAAACAAUCCGACAUGAGGCGCAGCUGAGCACGGACUACAAACUGUCCCUCUUUGACCUGCAGACUUCCUCCUACCAGGCCUUGCAGCGGGUGCUCGUCAGCCUCGGCCAUCAUGAUGAAGCCCUGGCUGUGGCAGAAAGAGGACGGACGAGGGCAUUUGCCGAUCUUCUGGUAGAACGACAGACAGGACAGCAGGACUCCGACCCGUACUCCCCAGUCACCAUUGAUCAGAUCUUAGAGAUGGUUAAUGGCCAGAGGGCCCUAGUGCUUUACUAUUCCCUGGCCGCUGGCUACCUGUAUAGCUGGCUGCUUGCUCCUGGGGCAGGAAUUCUGAAGUUUCACGAACACUACCUGGGUGAUAACACAGCGGAAAACUCCGGCGACUUCCAGACUGCCAGUAGCGCGGCCCUUCCAACAGCCACGAGCUCGGCCCUGGAGCAGCACAUCGCCAGUGUGCGGGAAGCCCUGGGGGUGGAGUCUUACUACUCAAGGCCCUGUGCCAGCAGUGAGACAGAGAGCGAAGCCGGAGACCUCACGGACCAGCAGUUUGAAGAGAUGAACAACAAGCUCAACUCGGUUACCGACCCCACUGGCUUUCUGCGGAUGGUUCGCCGCAAUAACCUCUUUAACAGGAGCUGCCAGAGCAUGACGAGCUUGGUCAGCAACACCAUGUCGCCGAUCAAGGACGGGACCUCCUCUCUCCCCCGGAGGCAGAGCUCGUUCGCCAGGCCCCCGCUCCGUGCUCUGUACGACCUGCUCAUAGCGCCCAUGGAAGGGGGCCUGAUGCACUCCAGCGGCCCUGUGGGCCGGCACCGGCAGCUGGUCCUGGUCCUGGAGGGGGAGCUCUACCUCAUCCCCUUCGCCCUCCUGAAGGGAAGCUCCUCCAACGAGUACCUGUACGAGCGCUUCGCCCUCAUCGCUGUGCCGUCCAUCCGCUCCCUCAGCCCGCAGGCCAAGUCUCACCUGAGGAAGAACCCGCCCACGUCCUCCAGCUCCACGUCCAUGGCGGCCGUGGUUGGUAACCCGAAGCUCCCGCCGGCGGUGAUGGACAGGUGGCUGUGGGGGCCGAUGCCGUCGGCUGAGGAGGAAGCCUACAUGGUGUCAGAGCUGCUGGGCUGCCAGCCCCUGGUGGGCAGCGUGGCCACCAAGGAGAGGGUCAUGAGCGCCCUGACCCAGGCCGAGUGCGUCCACUUCGCCACCCACAUCUCUUGGAAACUGUCGGCCUUGGUCCUCACCCCCGGCGCUGACGGCAACCCGGCUGGCGGCAAGAGCUCCUUCGGCCACCCCUACACGAUCCCCGAGUCCCUGCGGGUGCAGGACGACGCCAGCGACGGGGACAGCAUCUCCGACUGCCCGCCCCUGCAGGAGCUGCUGCUCACGGCCGCCGACGUCCUGGACCUGCGGCUUCCCGUGAAGCUGGUGGUCCUCGGCUCCUCUCAGGAGUCCCACAGCAAGGUCACGGCGGACGGGGUCGUCGCGCUGACGCGGGCCUUCCUGGCUGCCGGCGCGCAGUGUGUCCUCGUGUCCCUGUGGCCCGUGCCUGUGGCCGCUUCCAAGAUGUUUCUCCACGCCCUCUACUCAUCCCUGCUGAACGGCCUGAAAGCCAGCGCUGCCCUGGGGGAGGCCAUGAAGGCGGUGCAGAGCAGCAAGGCCUUCUCGCACCCAUCCAACUGGGCAGGGUUCCUGCUCAUCGGGAGUGACGUUAAGCUCAACAGCCCCUCGUCGCUCAUCGGCCAGGCCCUCACGGAGAUCCUCCAGCACCCGGAGCGCGCACGGGACGCCCUGCGAGUGCUGCUGCACCUGGUGGAGAAGUCCCUGCAGCGCAUCCAGAACGGGCAGCGCAACGCCAUGUACACGUCCCAGCAGAGCGUGGAGAACAAAGUGGGCGGCAUCCCCGGCUGGCAGGCCCUCCUCACCGCCGUGGGCUUCCGGCUGGACCCCCCUGCCAGCGGCCUGCCCGCAGCGGUCUUCUUCCCGACCUCCGACCCGGGCGACCGGCUCCAGCAUUGCAGCAGCACGAUCCAGUCCCUGCUGGGUCUGCCCAACCCUGCCCUCCAAGCCCUCUGCAAGCUCAUCACUGCCUCGGAGACUGGCGAGCAGCUCAUCAGCCGGGCUGUUAAAAAUAUGGUUGGAAUGCUCCACCAGGUGCUGGUUCAGCUGCAGGCGGGCGAGAAGGAGCAGGACUUCGCCUCGGCCCCCAUCCAGGUGUCCAUCAGCGUCCAGCUGUGGCGGCUCCCGGGCUGUCAUGAGUUCCUGGCGGCUCUAGGGUUCGAUCUCUGUGAAGUGGGUCAGGAGGAAGUAAUCCUGAAAACCGGGAAACAAGCCAACCGGCGAACCGUGCACUUUGCCCUGCAGUCUCUGCUCGCGCUCUUCGAUUCUACCGAGCUGCCCAAGCGCCUCAGCCUCGACAGCUCGUCCUCCCUGGAAUCUCUGGCCUCGGCCCAGUCCGUCUCCAAUGCCCUGCCCCUGAGCUACCAGCACCCGCCCUUCUCCCCCACCGGUGCGGACAGCAUCGCCUCGGACGCCAUCUCCGUGUACAGCCUGAGCUCCAUCGCCUCCUCCAUGAGCUUCGUCUCCAAGCCCGAGGCGGGGUCGGAAGGAGGGGGCCCCCGCGGCCGGCAGGACUACGACCGGUCCAAGAACGCCUACCCGCAGCGGUCCACCCUGCCUCGGGGCCAGCUGUCCCCCCAGACCCGCCCUGCGGGCGGCAAAGAUGAAGAAGAAUACGAGGGCUUCUCCAUCAUCAGCACCGAGCCGUUGGCGGCCUACCCAGAAAACCGGAAGCUGCGCUUCUCGCCAGAUCACGAGCAGUCCCGAGUGGGGACGGCCGGGGGCGUGAAGGUUUCAGUAAGCUCCAAGGGCAGCGUGAGCACACCCAACUCUCCGGUUAAAAUGACUCUGAUUCCCAGCCCCAACUCUCCCUUCCAAAAGGUUGGCAAACUAGCAAGUUCAGACACGGGAGAAUCGGACCAGUCGAGCACAGAAACCGACAGCACCGUGAAAUCCCAAGAAGAGAGCAACCCAAAGCUCGAUCCACAAGAGUUGGCCCAGAAAAUUCUAGAGGAGACGCAAAGUCAUCUCAUCGCGGUGGAGCGGCUGCAGAGGGGCGGCGGCCAGGGCAGCAAGAACAGUCACCCGGAGGACGGCGGCGGCCCCGGGCCCAACGGCGGGGCCGUCUUCAGGGCGUCAGAGACCAGCGCGUUCAGCAGGCCUCCCCUCUCGCACCCCAAGGGUCAGCCGUCACCGGUCACUGCUAAACCAAAGCCCCCAGCCAGAAGCUCGUCCCUCCCCAAGGUGAGCUCAGGGUACAGCAGCCCCACCAGCUCGGAGGCAUCCGUCAAAGACAGCCCGAGCCAGCACGGGGGUCGGCCGUCGCCCGGCGCGGACUCCCACACCUCCCUCCCCGACCAGCCUCUCUUUAAACUCAAGUACCCCAGCUCUCCUUACAGUGCUCACAUUUCCAAGUCGCCGAGGAACGUGUCCCCCAGCUCCGGCCAUCAGUCUCCUGCCGGGAGCGCGCCUUCCCCGGCCCUCUCCUACUCGUCGGCCGGUUCUGCCCGCUCCAGUCCCGCCGACGCCCCCGACAUAGACAAACUGAAGAUGGCAGCCAUCGACGAGAAGGUGCAGGCCGUGCACAACCUGAAGAUGUUCUGGCAGAGCGCACCCCAGCAUUCCGCGGGACCAGUGAAAAUAUUCCGGGGCCCCCCUGGGACGAUGACUUCCAAAAGAGACGUCCUCAGUCUCCUAAAUUUGUCUCCUCGGCACAACAAGAAGGAGGAGGGAGUGGACAAGCUGGAGCUUAAGGAACUGUCCAUGCAGCAGCCUGGAGAAACGCCACAAAAAGCGCCUCCCAACGGCCACUGGCGCACGGAGACCACGGCACUGGGCACGCUGCCCCUGCCCGCCGGCCCGCCCGCACCGGCUCCCGCCCGCCCUUUCAGACUUCCCUCUGGCAACGGCUACAAGUUUCUGUCCCCGGGGAGAUUCUUCCCCUCCUCCAAAUGCUAGAGCGCGUCUCACAGCCGCGGGCUCGGGCUGCAGCAGCCGCCGAGACAGGCGCACGCUCACGGGCCCACGCCCGCCCGCACACUGAGCGCGGUGGCCCCACCAGCCACGUCUCGUUGGGUGCUCCCUCGGGGCGUGGGCCGCCACCACACCCCCCGCGCCCCCAUCCACGAGGCCAGAGGCCACCCUGGGCCAGAGCCACCACAAGCCAGAACUUCCCGUGGUGUCGGUACCGGAGGCUCGUGGAAUCUUCUACAUGCUUCACCCAAUGUUUACCUUGAACUCCCUGCUUCUCAUCUCUGAUGUGACUCUUCCACAGGAUUUUUUUUUACAAAACGGUCAUGGUUCUGGGUGGAGAGAGGAAAGGGAGCACAUAUUUUGCUAAGAGGCAUAUAUGCAGUACCUUUUAUACACAAAUACAAAUAGAGCUUUUUUUAAAGGCUUUCAGGUGCUGGUUGGGGGAGGGAUAUAUAAAAUCUAAGUUGAAUUCUACAUGAAAGUGUGAUAUUAGCCAAAAACAGAAUGGUUUUUAAAAUGCCAAUGAUUUGUAAUUAAACUGUAGCAAUUCUGGUCGAAUGAUCGCAUAACAUCACAGUAGCAAUGCAAUAAACUCACUGUCCAACAGCACUUCCGUCCUGAACUCCACAAACGUCCUUGGGGCCCCACUGUCAACCAAACUUGAAUUUUCUAAAAAAAUUUUAUGUAACUCUCUUCUCCAGGCAUUUUAGAACUAUGCAAUUGUGAUUUAAAAUGCAACUUUGUGCUUUGAAAACAUUAUUGACCUUUUUUGUACAUGGAUAAACAACUUGGUUUUAUUAUCGAUAGUACUUUGCAUUUAUAGCUAUUAUUUUUAAAAAGCUCAAAUUUUUUAAAAUGUCAAAUUUUGAAUAGUCAUCAGUAAGUAAUUAUCAAGUUUGCGGGGGAGGGGGGAGGUUGAAAUUAUUCAGUUUCCUUGUAAGCAAAAAAAAAAAAAAACAAAAAAAAAACACAGCUAACUAGAUUUAACCAGAAUGGAACUUCCAGCUCCUAUUCCCUUCGGCAGCUGCUUUAAUUUUAUUCUCUUUUCCCAACUCCAGGCCUCUGCCACCUCUCCCAUCUAGAGCUGUUCCCGGGCUCCCGCAGCCCCAGCUCCCCAUGUCUGUGAGCGGUACCCUCAGCAUAGCGGGGACCGCCCCCUCCCCCCCCCACAUUACACUUUAAUGUCCACAGCCUAAGAAGUGGGGGGGCGGCUUUUGCUGGGAUUUACAUCCAAACGGUUGCUGAGCAGGGAAAUAGACAUUCCUGAAAGUGUUGUCCUGAACAAACAGGGUAGGCAUCUCCUACAGCCGUGACCUUACGCCCAGGUUCUCGUCAGCAAGGCUGUGACAAAAGACAGUCUAGGUGGGGGUAAGCAUUGACUUCUAAAGAAAGAGAUGAAAUGCUAAAAAUCACACUAGGACCAACUUUAGUUGGAGAAUUCGAAUACACCUCUUUUACAGAAUUCUAAAAUUAAAAUCCUCCCGCCCUCCCCGUGGGGAGUGUCACACUGAGGUGGGCGGCCACUGGGCCCGCGACACCUGGAGUGGACGUGAGAGGCGUGGUGGGAGGGGCGCCAACAUUAAGACCCCCAAGUAGAGUCUUUAGCCUCAGGUAGGAUCUCACUUUCUCAGCACACACUGACCGCUUGCCCUGUCACUCGGUGAACCCUGAAGAGAGGGAAGGAGACUAUUUCCUCGGCACGUUACUCCCCCCUGAGCCCCAUCAUAGGGCCUUUUUCGCCUUCACCCCGACAGACAGCAAGGGUGUCCCGUUCGCGCCCUGACCCCGACACCGGAAGACAGACACUUCACGAAGAAGCAAUCACGAGGUUCUGGGUGUCAGGAGGGAAAAGCCAAACGGUAAUAGAAGUCCCAGAGUAGCCAAUGAAAGCAAGUUCAUAGCACUGUGCAUUUAGAUAGUGAAAUCAGGUCCCCACAACAAACACAACACCUCAGAGUAAAUUUCUGAAUCCCGAUGUAGAUAGUCAGGCGGUUCCUUUCUUAGCCAUCUCCGCCCUUUCCCAAGUGCCGAGCGGCCCCGGAGGACCGGCCUGGGGUGUGUGCUCCCCGUGUGAGCACACGCACCCCUGUCCACCUCCAGUGCACGCCCCCUACCACCCAGACCGCUUCCCGUGGUGAUCGAGCCGGCUAGGAGGUCUCGUGGACCCUGACCCGGCGUUAGUCGUAACCACACUAUUGUUUUAGGUUUCGUGUCGAAAAACCAAAUGGUGUACGUGACCUUCUUUUUUUUUUUUUUUUUUUUUUUUUUUUUCCUGUCCUAGAGCUAAGCUUCAAUGAAGGAAAGC